GUUAUCCAGUCACAACAGAAACUCCGCGAGAGAGAGAGAGUAUAAUUCGCUCGGAGAAUGAGCAGACCGACACGCGACUAGCGGUGGCCGGAGCUCCGGCGAAUGGAGCUGUCGCUGCGCCCUCUCUCCAACGCGGCGCUCUCUCCUCACUCCGGCUUCGCCUCCGCCGGCCACUCUCGCUUUCCUCCUCGCGGGAGCGCCGCCGCCCCCGCGGCUCCGCGGACCGGAUGCCGGCUCCGGACCGGGGAGGCCGCCGACGCCGCGGGAGGGGGCCACCGUCGCGUCGCCCUGGAGCCGCGGCGCCGGCGGCAGUUCUGGAUUGACGAGCGGGAGAGCGGCGGGGAGGAAGGCCUGGGAGAAUCGAGCUCCGGCGCUCCGGAUGACGAUGAUGAGGCUCUGUUGUUGUCGUUGAGCGAGAAGCCGGAGCGGAGCGCGGCGUUGCUCGAUGAGUACGAGAUGGAGGAGCUCGAUUAUGCUUCUAGCCCGGAUCACAGAAGCGGAUAUGUGGCUGUUCUAGGAAAGCCUAAUGUUGGGAAGAGUACACUUGCGAAUCAAUUGAUAGGCCAGAAGUUGUCAAUAGUUACAGAUAAGCCACAAACCACAAGGCAUCGUGUUCUUGGAAUAUGUUCAGGACCAGAGUAUCAGAUGAUACUUUAUGAUACUCCUGGUGUAAUUGAGAAGAAGAUGCACAAAUUGGACUCCAUGAUGAUGAGUAAUAUUCGAAGUGCUGCUAUCAAUGCGGAUUGUGUACUAGUUCUCGUGGAUGCAUGUAAAGUACCUGAGAAAAUUGACGAAGUAUUAGAAGAAGGUAUCCGGGACUUGAAAAAUAAGGUGCCAACUCUGCUAGUAAUGAAUAAGAAGGAUCUGAUCAAACCUGGCGAAAUUGCAAAGAAGCUCCAGUGGUAUGAGAAAUUUACAGACGUUGAUGAUGUUAUCCCGGUGAGCGCGAAAUUUGGUCAUGGUGUGGAAGAUGUCAAGGACUGGAUUUUAUCCAAACUUCCUCUGGGGCCUGCUUAUUAUCCCAAGGACAUUGUUAGUGAGCAUCCAGAAAGAUUCUUUGUGGCUGAAAUAGUUAGAGAGAAGAUUUUCAUGCAAUACCGCAAUGAAAUUCCUUAUGCUAGUCAGGUAAAUGUGGUGAGCUACAAAACCAGGCCAAAUGCUAAAGAUUUUAUACAAGUGGAGAUUGUUGUAGAGAAGAACUCACAGAAGAUCAUCGUGAUUGGAAAAGAAGGGAAGGCUCUCAAGCUACUUGCUACUGCUGCUCGGCUUGAUAUUGAAGAUUUCUUGCAGAAGAAAGUAUAUCUCGAGGUUGAAGUGAAGGUGAAAGAGAAUUGGCGGCAAGACGAAGGACUUCUGAAGUACUAUGGAUACGGGGGACAGAUUCGAGCACUAUGAUACAAACCAUCAGCAUUUUUCUCUGCCCAAAAUGCUAUUCUAGAGGUCACGUCACUGGGAAAGCGCACGCUGAUGACAAGAUUGAAUGAAGCUAAUUCUCAGCUUGUCUUUCGUUGGUAAACCGGGCGACCAUCUCCAUUUUCUUGGUAGCUGAAACUUGGUCCUGACCUUUGUCAAUUUUCUUAACAAAAUUCGUUUCCUGAGUCUAACUUUGGCGAAAGUAGUUGAUUGUGUCUUGAUUUGCCUGCCUUUCUUUAUAAAAGGGUGCAUUGUCUACCUCGUAGCAAAGUUGAGGAUAAGUCUUUUUGAAGGUCUUAUUUGGUUUCUUUCUUAGAAAAGCUUCUAGUUGACUGACUUAUAUUCAGUAGCGUGCUUCAUCUCGGAAGAGCGAGGAUGCAGAGAAGGAGCAUUUCGGUAUCGAAAGCAUAGGUUUUCCCUUCGAA